GCCUACUCUCUCACACUCACACAAUAACACACGGAACCGGAAAGUUCAUUUCAGAAAAGACUAAACUCAGAAAACUCAGUCUCUCUCUCUCUCUCUCUCUCUCUCUCACACACACACACACACACACACACACACACACACACACACAUACACUGUGUGAGUGCAGGAAAAUGGCCAAUAUUUCAGUAAAUAGCUUCAGCUGUCCAGUGUGUCUGAAUUUCCUGGAGGAUCCUGUAACUAUUCCCUGUGGCCGCAGUUUCUGUAAAGUGUGUAUUAAUGGCUGCUGGGAUCAGGAGGAUGUGAAGGGCGUCUACAGCUGUCCCCAGUGUAGAGAGACUUUCACUUCAAGAUCUGUUCUACGCAGGAACAACAUACUGGCUGAGAAGGUGAAGAUCCUGAAGAAAGCUGCUUAUCCUGCUCACUGUUAUGCUGGACCCGGAGAUGUGGAGUGUGAUUCCUGCAUUGGGAGAAAACAUAAAGCCGUCAAGUCCUGUCUGGUGUGUCUGGCCUCCUAUUGUGAAAAUCAUCUUAAACCUCACUUUCAGGCUCCUGCAUUUAAGAAGCACAAGCUAGUUGAAGCCUGUGCAGAGCUCGAAGAUAAGAUCUGUUCUCAGCACGACAAACCGAUCGAGAUCUACUGUCGUACUGACCAAAGCUUCAUCUGUUACUUGUGUAUAAUGGAUCAGCACAAAGGUCAUGAUACGAUUGCAGCUAAAGCAGAAACAGCUGAAAAAAAGAGUUUCCCGUCUCUCUGUGUUUCUCCUGGAUCUGAGGACUCACCCAGCUUCACUGUCAGUCAACAUCUCUCAUUUGAUGGAGUGAGGAAAUCUCUCUCAGAUCUGAAAAAACAAGCAGAGGAUAUCUGUGAGGAGGAAUUCAACAAAAUCCGUCAACAAGCUGCAGCAGUUCAGAUGACUUCACUCUCAGAACCAAAGAUCAGAGAAGAUUUUCUGCCAUAUUUCUGUUAUCUGACUCUGGAUCCCAACACAGCAUAUCCUGACCUCAUUCUGUGUGAGAAGAACAGAUCGGUAACACGAACUGGGACACAACAGCGAUACUCCGAUCAUCCAGAGAGAUUUGACUCCAGGACUCAGGUGUUGUGUAAGGAGAGUGUGUGUGGACGCUGUUACUGGGAGGUGGAGUGGAGCGGUGAUGGUGUGUCCAUAUCAGUCUCAUAUAAAAAGAUCAGCAGGAAAGGGCUGGGUCAUGAGUGUUUGUUUGGAUACAACAGUCAGUCCUGGAGUCUGGAGUGUUCUUCUUCCUCUGUCUCUUUCCGACACGACAAAAUUGAGACCGUGCUCCGAGUUCCAGUAAACUCCAGAAUAGGAGUGUAUGUGGAUCACAGUGCAGGAACUCUGUCCUUCUACAGCAUCUCUGACACGAUGAGGCUCCUCCACAGUGUCCAUGCCACAUUCACUCAGCCUCUAUACGCUGGGUUCUGGAUGUGGACUUACAAUUCAACCGUGAGCUUAUGUGAUCCAAAAUGAAAUCUUUGUAGAAGUGUUAAGUAAAAUUAUUACAAACUGAGGUGUCAGAUUUGAUUUCUCCCUGAGCUACAAUGGCACUUUCAUGUGAAGAGACUGUAAUGUGUGAUUUUUUUUUUCUAAAAAUCUGGUUCAGAUUUUUACUUGCCCUGCCAAAAUUUUCCAUUUACAUUACAUUUAUUCACUUAGCAGACGCUUUUAUCCAAAGCAACUUACAAAUGAGAAAGAUACAAGCAAAGCGAUAUAUCAAGCAGAGAACAAUACAAGAAGUGCUACCAUACAAGAUCUAUUAAUUGAAUUCCAGAAGAAGCAAAGUGCAGAGUAGAGGUGUAAGUGCAUUUAUUUAUUUAUUUAUUUCUAUAUUUUAUUACGAGUUGGUUAGGUGUUCAUGGAAGAGGUGGGUCUUUAGCUGUUUUUUGAAGAUGGUGAGAGAUUCUGUGGUCCGGAUUGAGAUUGGAAGUGCAUUCCACCACUGAGGAACAGUUAGUGUGAAGGUUCUGGAAAGGGACCUUGUGCCACGCUGAGUUGGAACUGCUAAACGUCGGUCGCUAAUCGAUCGCAGAUUGCGAGAGGGAACGUAGGCCUUCAGGAGAGAGCUGAGGUAGGAGGGUGCUGUUCCUGACAAGGUCUUUUAGGUGAGCAUCAAGGCCUUGAACUUGAUGCGGGCAGCUACAGGAAGCCAGUGGAGGGAGAUGAAGAGGGGUGUGACAUGGGUUCUCUUGGACUGGUUGAAGACGAGGCGCGCUGCAGCAUUCUGAAUCAUCUCAAGGGGUUUGAUGGAGCUGGCUGGGAGGCCUGAAAG